GUCACUUCACUGGCAACCAGGAGCAUACUGAGGAACACUCUGACUCUAACCUGAAGUGAAUCUUUGAAUUCCUUGAAGACACAACUACAGACAUCAAGACCAUGAAGGCUGUAAUCGUUUUCGUACUUCUUUUUGCAAGCGUUUUCUGCCACCCAGUGAAACGCUCUGCAAGCAGUUCAGAGAGUUCAGAAGAAGUGGUGAGGCCAGCUCCAGCUCUUCGGAAAGCUGCUGAAAAACUGACUCUUGAGGCUGCAGAGCCGGCCGCUCCUGCUGAUUCGGAUGAGAGCUCAGAGACAUCAGAGGAAACUGAGGAAUCCGACACGGCAUCCGAUGACAGCACAGACAGCACAGACAGCACAGACAGCACAGACAGCACAGACAGCGCCGACAGCGCCGACAGCGCAGACAGCGUGGCCACGGUGGAGAGCGAGACUGAAGAGAGCAUUAGUCAAAGUACGGAGUCUGGAGAGGCACCAACUGCCGCCACCACUGCUAUUCCCGUGUCUAUAGUGGUGCCCACGUUCCCUGCUUUCACCGACAGUGGCCGGGGAGACAGCAUGGGCUACAGUGACUACAAGAAAUCCAUCAUCUACGUGGAGAGCAACGCCAUUGAGAAGGAGCCUUCACCUUACAAGUUCUACGAUGACAAGAUGGGAAUGAACCUGGUGAGCAAGAAAUCCGGGGCGACCUUCGAGGACAACACCAAUGACAUCGACAAGACCCUGAAGGUUUACAAGGCCCUCCAGGUGCACGAGGAGAUGCUGGAGGAGGACACCAGCACCCCAGACGUGGAGAGCCAGGGCCUGGACACCUCCAGCGGAACCCAGGACGAGGCCAGCCUGAAGCAGGCAGCCGCCGACGAGGCCGUCCUGGAGAGCGGUGCCCCCGCUGCCGAAGGUCCAGUGUCCCAGAGCGAGAGCCAGAGCGACGAGCAGCAGGCGGCAGCGGCGGAGGGAGCAGCGGCUCAGGCCGAGGGGGAGAGCACCAGCGCGGACAGCGACGGCACCAGCGAGAGCGCCAGCGCCAGCGCCAGCCAGGAGGAGGACGAGUCCAAGAGCAGCCAGAGCAGCGAGGAGAGCGCGGCAACGGCCACGGCCGGCGCUGCCGACAGUGACGAGAGCGACGAGAGCGAGGAGAGUAUGUCCGACUCGAACUCAGAUGAGCAGGGCCCGGAACCCACUAGCGAGGCCCCCAUCAUUGUCAUUACUGCCAAGUAAAACUAAUGGCCCGGCCCCCCAUGGUUGGUGAGGAAACUUCUGUGGUGUUCACAGCUAAGCACCGACAAGUCUGACAGGACUGAUAAACUGAGCUAGAGGGCGUAGUAGGGAACAUUCAAAGACAUUGUGGCCCUUUGAAGGUCUGUACUUGCAACAUUUGUAAAGAGCAAUUAAAUGUCAAUGGUGUCUCAGAGAAGCACAGGCAUUUUUGUUUAUUGCACAUUUACCAUAUAUGUUUACGUUUAUAUAUAUAUAUAUUUUAC